AUGGUUGUUGUUGGUGAUUUAUUUCAACUUGAACCUGCAAUGCAUAGGUAUAGAUUUAAGAAUUUAGGCAACUCAGAAUAUACAGUUCUUGCUCCUAAUAAAUGGCAAGAUAACUUCAAUAUGUUUGAAUUGGAAGAAAUUAUGAGACAAAGGGAGAGCAAAGUGUUUGCUGAAAUAUUAAACAGACUUAGGGAAGGAAAGCACGCUGAGGAUGAUAUUUUGAAACUAAAAGAAAGAUUAAUAAAACAAAAUAGCAUCCAAUAUCCCAUGGAUGUAAGCAGGGUAACAACAAUUGAAGGUUUAUUUAUAACUGACCCAUGUGAAGAUAAAAUAGCUGUCAAUUCUCAUGUAACAGCAGAAAUGGAAUAUUUGAGAAAUGAACACACACUGAAACUAAGUGUUACUCCUAUUUAUAAGACAGACCAAAUCUCAUUCAAAUUGUGCUAUCUAAAUGCAUGGUCGUUGCAUAAACACAUGAUUUUAAUUUUACAAAUACUGACAUCAAUGUUUUUUCUGAAACUCGAUGUAUGA